AUGAAAAGGAUAAGUCCGCGAGAGACGCCUUGGCAUGGCGGCCUUAGUCUCGCCAAGACGAAGCUUGUUUCCGCCGAGCACCAUUGCACUCGUCUCACACUGGGCAUCAGUCAGAGCACUGAGCGUUGCUCGCUUUCGGGUGACAUGCCACUGGCCCCGAGCAGUUCGCUGGGGUGCUUUGGGCAUCUUGAUGAAACGUUCUUCCGCAUUUCGCAUCUGCCCGUGCGUGCCGGCGGCCCAAAAGCCCACUCACCAACUACUGGUCAUCGGCUUCUACUUUGCCGUAAUCUGCCUCUCCACCUUCCUUUUUGCCAGCUGCUUGGGGCAUGUGGCCGAGACCAGGGCAGAACGCCGCUGUGGAUGCAACAGCCGCACCGCCAAGGCCCACGAGGCCUCCUUCCAAGCAGCUGGUCGAAGUGUAAACGUCACCGGCUCGCCGAGGGUGGUAGCACUCACCCGCUGGAGUGUCUUCUCGACCCUCAAAUGAAAUCAGCACUGGUCGACUGUUUUCCGCGGCUCUUGAUCUGGAGGGCUGAAGCCUGCCUGGCCGGCCUCGCCAAUCUCAGGGUGUGGCCCCUGUUGCAGGAUCUCGUGUUCUCUCCAUUUUGGUUUGCCUGCAAUAUCCCUGACAGCUCGGAAUCCCCCGAUCAGACACUCCGGAAUUUCUCUUUCCACGCUAGGGCAUAUGCGGUUGGUAUGGGACUUCAGGAAUCGCUCCGCCAAUCUGCUCUCUGUUGUCUCCUUCGCGAUGGGCGGCUUGUUCUUGGCGCCCGCAUUACCUUUCUUGCGCCCACGCUAGCUCCAGAAGGGCCUCAACUUGCUCAAGUGUCGAACCCCCUGACAGCUCGUUCGCUGCACUCUAGUGCGCUGCAAUCUAGAGCUGGCCGUGUCCCGAAUCACACCAUAGACCUCAAGGAUUCGUCCUUCUUUCCAAUGUCCCCAAACCGCCAACAUCGAUUCCUGAUAGCUUACCGAUUAUCGGAGACCCUGAAAUCGCGGGGGUUGGAUAAGCUCGUGAGUGACGUGUUCCAGAACCUUUCCGAUGGAGAGGAAAAUUCCAUGGCACCUCUGCGAUUAUCGCCAGAUAAUCUCGCGUCUGCCAAGCCCUCCACUCUGAUCGGUGGAAACCUCGGCAUAGUUGUAUUUCUUGUCACAUGCACCUUUCUACGCCUUGUGCAAGCCUUCUCGGAACUUGAUCGCUGGUGGUUGCUUAUGCAUGAUUUUACCAUGUAUCUUUCGGCUAAUGGCGGGCUAGGAAAACGAGAAUUUAACAAAAAUCCACCGCAAAUUUCUCAAUGCCUGUCAACUCGUACCGCUGUGUCAGAUCGAAAUAUCAGGAUACCAGUGAAGGACAAAAUACACCCCUACACCUUUGAGACUCUAAAAGAAUACCACUACAUCCUCGAUGCUAGCAACCUCGGAUUUUCGACCCAAAUCGUCGAGAGAUCAGAAAUCGAAGGGUGUGGCUCCUUCCAGAACCUGGGCCGUCAUCUGAGGCCAACCAUUUCCAAGGUUGUUCGUUUUGCGAUACGCCCUUCGAAGCCCCCACAGCAAUUGAAACUUGCAUACUCUAACGCCUUGAUAACACAUGCUUCCGGUUUCGCUUUGCUUGAGCCCAUGUGGCCUCCCCCUCCAUUGAAAACAUGGGGAGCCCUUCGGCUACCUAAUAGAUCAAUCAUCGAGGUAGUUUUCGGUGUUUUUGGCAUACUUGGGACGGUGGGACCAACAUCCGAGCUCCUUGACCCCGUUUCCUCACAUCAGUUCGCACAAGCGACCCUAAUCCUCGUGAACCCAUUCCCUAUUUCGCGAUACUUUCCUCGUUUUCAAGCCCGCUCCGCCAUAAAUACGAUUGGCCUGGCGCAAACCGGUUCCAAUCGAUUUAGGAAGUCGAGCUCUUUUAGGAAGAAAUCUGAUGACAAUGUAACCCAUUCAUAUAAACCGCAGAAAUUCAGCCUCAUCGCCGACCAAAAUGCCAUGCUCAACAUAUCCCUGUAUUCAACGACCCCUGGGCCCAUUCACCGACAUUUCUCUGGCCGCAUCCCUGUACCCCGCGAAUCUGGGUAUUGCAUGAAGAAUGUAAUCGAAGGAUACGACGUUGAGAGAUGCGGUAUCGAAGCGCGUUGCAUGCCGAUUCGUCUUGUGGAAGGCCUGACUUCGCCGUUUACGCGAAACAAGCACUCCCGAACAAGCUCUCCGGAAUCCGCAUACCGAGCCGCAGGCACCAGGAACAAUAGUGACAAUCAAUCCUGCAGACCCCACAAUAUCUCAGAGACCCCUCAGCUGAUCCUCACACGGCGAGCGGGUCCCGGAGACCCCCGGACGAAAAAAAAUGCGAUUUCGAUUGGUUCACGAAUACGAUUAUUACCCCAUAAGGCAAAGAUCCUAUGCAAGCAAGACAGUCGGGGUCCUUAUUUCUCCUCGAGCACGCUAUACCCCAUAAUAUUGUCAGUGAUGUUAUCAGUUUUCUCAGCCUUAUACGGCUCUCUUGAAAUGGUAGAGCCAUGCAGCCAGAAUGGUAACAUUCGAAUUCUGAUCGCAGUCUCAAACAAACGUUACCCAUACCCUACCUAUCUCAAUAGCGAAACUUCUAUCCAACUAGCCACGGAUCCUCAGACACCUGAUGUGAAACGCCAACACACUCUCUAUCCACACCCACGGUAAUCCCUUCUGCAUAAUCCACCGCCAGCAAAGCAGCCAUCGUGUUAAACAUCCGAGGGACCAUUAAACCGGUACCAAACCCCCGGUACACCACCGUUGCCCUCGGAAGCUGCGCCUUCUCGCGGUCGUACGACUUCGGGACCCCGUGCGG